AUGACAGAACAGCAGUGGAUCCUGUCUGACCUCACACAGAUCACUGCACAAUCGCAGCAGCGCCCACUUGUUGAAAUGCACUGGUCUCUGGAGAAGGACACGUGGCACCUCUUUGUGACAGAGGCCAGAGCUGAGCAGCUCGCUGCACCAUCUGAACAACAAACAAGACCACACGAUCGUCAACGGGGGCAAGAAAGAGACAAGCUGGCGGCCGACGAUCUCAGAGGCUCAAAGCUUCAGGAAGGGAGGAGGCAGAAGGGACGGGAAAGAGAGCCCCGAGUGAGGAUGGAGGUGGAGUGGGACAUCCCCAUGGCCGUCACUCUGCCCAUUCAAAUGCAGCCAGACCCAGCGCACCAGCCUUUCCCCUUUCUUGAGACAACACUGGCAGAUUUGGGAAUACAAGAGUCAGAAGUGAAGGAAAGAGUGGUAUGGGUCGACACCACAAAAACACAAGUGAAGAAUAAAGCUGGCAAAUUAAAGGAGAAAGAGACCACUAUUUUGGAGGUUCGUGUGAAAGCUCAAAAACCCGGAGACAAGAUUCUCCAGGAGGUUUUGUACAGCACAGAGGCCCACACAGACCGCUCGUUUUGCAGAACUGGGAUGGACAUUGUGCCUUGGAAACAACAUUACACAGGAGAAAAUGAGCUGGAGCCAGUGCAGAUGACUAUGGACCUGAAUGUGGAAAAUAGACACUCGAAUGGCACCAAAGCACAACGGGACAUCUGA